AUGAAAUCUACGCGCUCCAGAAGCAGGAGAGUUCCCUCAACCGGGGUUGAACAAGCCUCAGCUGCCCAACAAGAUCACGUUUCAGAGGAACAAGGGUCCCCGAGAACCCAACCCGUAAACGAAGACGCCAUCGCCAGGAUGACGGCCGAGUUUGUAGCAGACAAUCCCAAUAUCUUCGAAGAACUAGGGAGGUACUUCAAGAGGCAGGGAAAAGAGAAGGCUGAAUCUUCCAAGAGAAGAUUGGCGAAAUCACCUGAGGUGCCCUCAGGUGAGGACUCUGAUGACGGGCAUCUCUCCUGGAGUACCUCAAGAUGCGCCUACUCCAAGGCGACCUCCAAAAUUGCCCAUAUUUUUCAGGCGUUUUCCCUGGAUUUACUGGGAAAACGAGUUGAGGACGCGCAUCGCCGCUCUGGGGGGCUAGCGGCCGAUUACAUGAGGACUCCGCCCUUUACCGAUGACAUCAAUGGGGAAAUGGUUCCUCCCAACUUCAAACUCCCGGUAUUACAGCCCUACGAUGGCCGAGAUCACCUCCGCGUAUUCAUAUCGACAUUCCGCCUCUACUGCGUCGCGGACGCCGUGAUUUACCGAGGUUUCUCUAUUUUCCUACAAGGGACAGUUCGAAAAUGGUUCUGGGGUUUGGAACCAAGGUACAUUUCCUCACUGGACGAGUUGGCGGACAGGUUUAUACACCGCUUUAGGUUCAAUAAGAAAAAUGUGCAGAUACCUGAUCAGAAUGAGCAGGUAACCAUAGUUGCCUUCACCAACGGGUUGAUCGCAGGAAUCUUUCACACCAAGAUACAUUGGGAUUACCUCCGUUCACUUCGGGAACUUUGGGAACGGGUAGAUCGAAAAAUCAGAAGUGAAGACAUAAAUCGCAUGAAGCGGGAAGCCCAAGCAACCCGUACUGGGCAAAAGUCCCGGAGGAAGAACGAAACUGACCGAAUAGAACAGGGUCCCAGUGGUUUGUCGAAUCAAUUUCGAGAUCGCCGAAGUGUCUUUGACACGAUCGUGAAGGAAAAGUCGUCCACCUCGAACGCCGAACUGACUCCCCUCAAUUCCAGUCGGUCUCAUAUUCUGGCUGUAAUGAGGCAGAACCACCUCGGUCGAGUCCCUUCUGAGAUUUUGGAGAGGAGGGAGAAGAAGAACUCCAACAUCUAUUGUGCCUACCACCGAGAUGUUGGGCAUGAGACCGAGGACUGCAAUGAUCUGAAGAGAGAGAUCGAGAACCUGAUCAGACAGGGAUACUUGAAACAACGAGACACAAAUAGUCAUUGCCAUGGACCCGAGGACCAUAGGAAGGACCAGCGGCCUCCACGAGACGGGUUCCCGGGCUACGGCCCUAACAUCGCGGGGGUCAUCAAUACAAUUGCGGGCGGUCCGACGAAAGGAGACAGUCAGAACUCUCGAAAACGGACCUACCGUCAAGCCGGACUGGAGGCUGCCGAGCCGAGCUCCCGACUAUUCGAGGUGAUUAUUUAUGGUCCCAGCGACCCUGUCCCUGCCGCCUCCAGUAACCACAAAACCUUAGUAAUUAAAGUUUUCACCAAUAACUGCAUAGUCAAGAAGGUCUAUGUCGAUCCCGACAACUCGGUAGACGUCUUGUACUAUCGAAUUUUUGAAAGUUUGAAACUAUAUAGAGAGCAGCUCACACCUGUCAGAACCCCCCUCGUCAGCUUUGGGGGACACGUGAUCCACUCAGAGGGAAUGGUAUCCCUGAUGGUGACAAUCAGGCGUCACCCUCGCUGCAGAACUAUGCCCGUUAACUAUGCAGUUGUCAAAGUACAUUCCCCGUACAACAUGUUAAUAGGUCGGUCGACGCUCAAUGCCUUGAGAGCCCUGUACUCUACCUACCACCUGAGUUUCAAGUUCCCGACACCUGCGGGGGUGGCUGAGGCCGCAGUCACUCCCCUAACUACGUCAAAGGUUGAGAGAAAGAGGCCAACUGUCAUUUCCAUAGAAAGUAUUGAUCCUCAGAAAAUCGGAAAGCCCGACAGGCUUGAGUUCGGAGGCGAGGUGGACGAGGUGAGACCUGACCAAGUGAUCCAAAUGGGGACGAAUCUCCCCUCGCCCCUCAAAGAAAAAAUGAUCCGCCUGAUAAAGGACCACCGAGACGUCUUCGCGUGGUCUGCUGAUGAAAUGGUCGGAGUACCCCCCGAGCUCAUGAUAUACCAGGUUAACGUCAAUCCACAAGCCCGUCUUGUGAAACAAAAACGUAGGCACUUCGGCCCUGAACGUAACAAGGCCAUAUCCGAAGAUAUCGACAAACUCUUGCCCGCCAGGAUGAUCCAUGAAGUCCAGUAUCCCAUCUGA